AUGAGGAUAGGUUGUGGUGCCAUAAUCAGGGAUGCGUUUGGGAAUUGGAUUUCUAGCACAUCAGGUAGUUAUGGCACAGGGUCAGCUUUCGCGGUGGAGAUCCUGACUAUGGAGCUUGGCCACCAACACGGUUGGAGCGUUGGCUAUCGAAACGUUGUCUGCUGCACGGAUUGUCCACAAGCGUUGAUGGUGCUGCAACCUAGAGCUGCAGUGGAUGACUAUUGGGCGAGGGAGGACAUUGCACGAGUUAGAGGUUUACUCCAGCAAGAUUGGCAGGUUAUGCUACUCCCGAUACCGCGUGACAAGAACUCAGCUGCAGAUUCGCUGGCUCGCCAUGCUGCAAGGGAGGGUUCGCCACAGUGUGUUUGGGGACAACCUCCUUCUAGCCUGAUUUAUUUCCUUUUGCAGGAUUUUGUUAGUUAG